AUGUCGUCUGAAACAGCCGGACUUGGGGUGGCAGACUACCUUGUUUUUGUCUGUGUUAUCGUUAUUUCUAUAGGAAUCGGGACAUUCCAUGCUUGUAAGGGAAGGAAAGACAACAGCAGUCUAGAAUACCAUUUAGGGAGCCGGAAGAUAAAAACACUUCCUCUGGUCGUGUCCAUGCUGGUUACCUCUCAGUCAUCCAUCUUGUUGCUUGGUAUCCCUGCCGAGACAUACCUGUAUGGCGGUAUUGUGCUAAUGGCGUCAUUUGGGUUUUGUGCGUCGUUCCUGAUCGGAACAAGAAUUAUUGUUCCAAUGCUCUAUCCUCUUAAGCUGACUACUGUUAGCGAGUUUUUCCAGGUACGCUACAAAGGCAAGGCCGUGAGGCUAUUUAUAGCAACGUGUACCUUACUGAUAAACGAAAUAUACAUCGGUGUAAUUGUGAUGGCACAAGCUGUUGCUAUGGAAGGAGUAACUCGAAUCCCCCGGGUUGUUUCCAUGCUAGCGCUAUCGUCUUCUGCUGUACUAUAUACCUCCAUUGGAGGAAUCAAGGCGGUGAUAUGGACGGACGUGUUCCAAAGUAUAAUCAUGCUGAUCGGUAUAUUAUCCGUCAUUAUCAAGGGUACGAUAGAAUCGGGAGGGACGGCCUUUGUGUGGGAGGUCAAUACGGCUACAGACAGAAUGAAUUUCUUCAAUUUUGACCCGGAUCCUCUGGUUCUCCACACCUUCUGGACUUUUGUCAUUGGCGGACCGAUAAAAUUUUUCUUCAAUGCUAUCACACAAACAUCAGUUCAGCGCAUGAAUUCCUGUCAAACAGAGAAACAAGCAAAACUUGUGUACCUGGUAACUGGACCGGCCUUUCUGUUAACGGUUUGUUUCGCCGGUAGUUCGGGUUUGGUGGCUUACGCAUACUUCACUGCGAAGGGAUGCGAUCCAUUUACGUCGAAACAGGUGUCCAACCCUAACCAAUUAAUUCCCUUUAUGGUGGUGGAAAUGUUCAGGGAUUAUCCUGGCAUGUCUGGGAUGUUUCUGGCAGCAGUCACAGCUGCUACCUUGAGUACCCUCUCCUCAAGUCUGGCAGCUAUGUCUUCCACCACCCACGAGGACUUCAUCAAACCGCAUUUCCCUCGUUUAUCGGACGCAGCUUUCACCCGUUGGUCGAGACUCUCAGUUGUUAUAUAUGGCAUAAUAGGAAUAGUCAUUUCGUUCCUGACUGCAGAAUUACCAGGAUCGGUAUACAAGAUAGCCAUCAGUUUGAUGUCCUUGUUUGGACUUCCAGUUUCUGGAAUUUUCCUUUAUUCCAUAUUUUGUCCGUCCGCAACCCAAGUCAGCGUCAUACUUGGAGGAAUCGUGAGCAGCUGUUUAAUGUUUUGGAUAAAUCUGGGUAGUGCCUUCAACAAGAAGUACCACACACCUCUCCAACCCGCUCCUACAGACCAGUGUUUGAACAGUACACUAGACAACACCACAACACCUGUAAUCAGUGAUGUAAUGAAAAGACCAGAAGGCUUGGACGCUGUUUAUUCAAUUUCUUAUUUAUGGCUUGACACAGUUGGACUUGCGUCGUUUGUACUGGUUACUGGUCUACUGAGCUUUGUGACUGGUCGACCUAAGUUGAAUGAUAUAGACAGUCGUUGCCUGUUUAGUUUUGGAGAAAGAUUAUGUCCCUGCUUACCCAGGUUUAUCAGGCGAGUGGUCUGUUGCGGGGACAGAUUGGAAAAGAAACGCGAAAAUGCGGGAUGUUUGACGGAAACGAAUGAGAUGACAAACGGAUGUGAGAAUACGCCAUUAGGGCGUCUACUUGAUAUAAAACAGGAAUGCUGA